AUGGGUGAUUUCAAUAAUGUAUCUGCUAUGCUCAGGGCUUUGAAAGAAGGUGGUAAUUUGGCAGCAUUAACUGGUGGUGAUCCACAUAAUCUUCAUUCGGGACGAACUGGUGCAUGGAAAGCUAAAAUAAAACAGUAUGCUAAACAAAUUAAUUCAUCUCAUCAACGUUCAUUAUUUAUUUUUUCAAAAAAUAAUUGGAUACGAAAACGAGCUAAUGAUGUUAUUGAAUGGAAUCCUUUUGAAUAUAUGGUGCUAUUAACAAUCAUAGCUAAUUGUAUUGUUUUAGCACUUGAAGAACAUUUACCGCAUGAUGAUAAAACAACAUUAGCUAGAUCAUUAGAAAAAACUGAAAUUUAUUUCAUUGGAAUUUUUUGUUUUGAAGCUGCACUAAAAAUAAUUGCUCUUGGUUUUGUAUUACAUGAAGGUUCAUAUCUUCGAAGUCUUUGGAAUGUUAUGGACUUUAUUGUUGUUGUUACGGGUUUAGCAACGAUUAGUAUUAAAAAAGAUAGUUCAUUCGAUUUACGUACAUUACGUGCUGUACGUGUACUUCGACCGCUUAAACUUGUCUCAGGCAUUCCAAGUCUUCAAGUGGUGCUUAAAUCUAUAUUAAAAGCCAUGGCUCCAUUGUUUCAAAUAGCUCUUCUCGUUCUUUUUGCUAUUAUUAUCUUUGCUAUUAUUGGCCUUGAACUAUAUUCAGGCGUCUUUCAUACAACUUGUUUUUAUGCAAAUCGAACAGUAAUGUAUAAAGGUGAUGAUCAACAAUCAACAACAUGUGGAAUACCUGGAGAACCAAUAUGGGGUUGGUUAAAUAUAAAACAUGGUGUAUUUACAUGUAAUAUUCCAAAUGAAUCACUUAUUUGUCGAGAAUAUUGGGAAGGACCUAAUAAAGGCAUAACUAGUUUUGAUAAUAUUGGUUUUGCUAUGUUAACCGUUUUUCAAUGUAUAACUAUGGAAGGUUGGACACAAAUAUUAUAUUGGACAAAUGAUGCUGUGGGAACUUUAUUUAAUUGGCUUUAUUUUGUACCAUUAAUUAUUCUUGGUUCAUUUUUUAUGCUUAAUCUUGUACUUGGUGUUUUGAGCGGAGAAUUUGCAAAAGAAAGAGAACGUGUAGAAAAUCGUCGAGCUUUUUUAAAAAUUCGUCGACAACAACAAAUUGAACGUGAAUAUAAUAAUUAUAUUGAAUGGAUUAACCGAGCUGAGGAUGUCAUUUUAAAUGAAGAACGAACUACUGAACAAGAAAGACGUGCUAUUCAUGACGCUCGGAAAUAUGCACAAUUAAAAAAAAGUCGACAUCAUCGAGUAGGAAAACAGCAGAGUGUAGAUGACGAUGAAGAAGAUAUUGACAAUGCAUUUAAUCGUGGUCGUGGUACAGAUAUUGAACGACCUGAUCGACCACGAACUUUCAUGCGUCGAUGGCAUAUUCAACAACGUGUGAUUAAAAGUAAAAUUCGUAUAUUAGUUAAAACUCAAGCAUUUUAUUGGACUGUUAUUGUAUUGGUUUUUUUGAAUACUGUUUGUGUUGCUAUUGAACAUGAUCGACAAAAACAAUUUCUUACGGAUUUUUUAUAUAUUGCUGAAUUUAUUUUUCUUGGUUUAUUCGUAUUUGAAAUGCUUUUUAAAAUGUAUGGUCUCGGUGUUAAUCGAUAUUUUGCAUCAUCAUUUAAUAUAUUUGAUUUUGUCGUUAUUUUUGGUUCAAUAUUUGAAGUUAUUUGGACACAUUUUAAUCCAGAAGAAUCUUUUGGUGUUUCAGUUCUUCGAUCUUUACGUCUUUUAAGAAUAUUUAAAGUGACUAGACAUUGGGCAUCUUUACGAAAUUUAGUUGUAUCACUUUUGAGUAGUAUGCGAUCUAUUGUCAGUUUACUAUUUCUUCUAUUCUUAUUCAUUCUUAUAUUUGCAUUAUUGGGCAUGCAAUUAUUUGGUGGCGAAUUUAGUUUUGAAGAUGGAACUCCAUUACAAAAUUUUAAUAAAUUUGCUACAGCAUUAAUAACUGUCUUUCAAAUUUUAACUGGUGAAGAUUGGAAUGAAAUUAUGUAUAAUGGUAUUAUAUCUCAAGAAGAUGGAGCCAAUGGCAUAGGAAUGAUCUAUUCUCUUUAUUUUAUUAUUCUUGUUCUAUUUGGAAAUUAUACAUUAUUAAAUGUCUUUUUGGCUAUUGCUGUUGAUAAUUUAGCUAAUGCACAUGAAUUAACUAAGGAUGAAGAAGAAGAACAAGCAGCUGAAGAAGAAAAACGUGAACGUGAAACCAAAGAUGUUGAAUCUAUGUUUAAGUUAGGUUCACUACCAACAGAUACAGUGACAACAACAACGACAACAACAACACCGAAUCUAAAAUCAAAAAAACCAGAACAAGAUCCACUGGUGCCUAGAAAUAAUCUUCAACAAACUACAAAAAAAGACUAUGUUGAAAAUGCUGUUAAAACAGCUUUUGAUAUUCAACCAUCACCACAUUAUAAUUCAUCAAGUUCAAAAACAAAUACAGAUUUUUUAGAUAGACAAUUAUUUGAAAAAGCUGAUUUAGAUUAUAUACCUGGUUUAGAUUAUGAUGUUGGUCCAGUUUAUAUUCCAACAUCAUUAGAUAAAUUACCAGGACUUCAAGAAUCAACUGCAGCUGCAAAAGCUCGUGCUAAUGAAGAAGCAAGAAAAAAAGCAGAAGCUGCUGCAGCAGAAGCAGAUGCUAAGAGAAGAGAACAAGUAUCACGUGUUGUUAAACCUAUUCUUCCACAUAGUUCAAUGUUUAUUUUUAGCCCUACUAAUCCGAUCCGUCGAUUUUGUCAUUUUAUCGUCACUCUUCGUUAUUUUGAAUUACUUAUUAUGAUUGUCAUAUGUCUGAGUUCAAUAUCAUUAGCUGCUGAAGAUCCUGUACAUGAAAAUUCUAGUCGUAAUCAUAUACUUAAUUAUCUUGAUUACGCAUUUACAGGUGUAUUUACUGUUGAAUUAUUGCUCAAAAUUGUUGAUUUGGGUGUUGUACUUCAUGAAGGAGCAUAUUGUCGUGAUGUAUGGAAUUUACUUGAUGCACUUGUUGUUAUAUGUGCAUUAGUUGCGUUUGGUUUUACGGAAAAUGGAGCUGGAAAAAAUUUGAAUACAAUUAAAUCUUUACGUGUUCUUCGUGUGUUACGUCCAUUAAAAACAAUAAAUCGUGUACCAAAAUUAAAAGCUGUAUUUGAUUGUGUUAUUACAUCAUUAUCUAAUGUUUUAACAAUAUUAAUUGUUUAUAUGUUAUUUCAAUUUAUUUUUGCUGUUAUGGCUGUACAAUUAUUUAAAGGAAAAUUUUAUCGAUGUUCUGAUUUAUCAAAAUUAACGCCUGAAGAAUGCCAAGGAUUUUAUUUUGAUUUUGGUACUGGUAAACGUAAACCAGAUUGUCGAAAAAGAUCAUGGGAACCAUAUGAUUUUACAUAUGAUAGUGUACCACAAGCUAUUCUUACUUUAUUUACUGUUCAAACAGGUGAAGGAUGGCCAACUGUCUUACAACAUUCAAUUGAUGCUACUGGUAUUAAUCGUGGUCCUCAACCUGGUCAUCGACUUGAAGUUGCAGUUUUUUAUGUUGUUUAUUUUAUUGUGUUUCCAUUUUUUUUCGUUAAUAUAUUCGUUGCUUUAAUUAUUAUAACAUUUCAAGAUCAAGGACAAAAAGAAUUAGAAGAAGCAGAAAUUAAUAAAAAUCAAAAAUCAUGUAUUGAUUUUGCAUUGAAUGCUAAACCAAUUCAACGAUGUAAACCAAAACAAGAAGGUUCAUUACGUUAUCGUAUUUGGCAAUUAUGUACAUCAUCAUAUUUUGAAUUUUGUAUUAUGGUUAUGAUUGCACUUAAUACUUGUGUACUUAUGGCAAAAUAUUAUCGAAGUCCACCAACUUAUAAUGAUAUAUUAACAUAUGCUAAUACAACAUUUACAGCUCUAUUUACUGUUGAAAGUAUUCUCAAAAUCAUUGCAUUUGGUUUACGAAAUUAUUUUCGUGAUAAAUGGAAUGCAUUUGAUUUUAUUACAGUACUUGGUAGUAUUGCUGAUGUACUUGUUACUGAAUUUCGAUUAACAAAAGUAAAUGUUGCUCUAACAGCUGGUCCACAAAAACAUAAAAAUACAUUACUUAAUUUGGGUUUUCUUCGUUUAUUUCGUGCUGCUCGUUUAAUAAAACUUCUUCGUCAAGGUUAUACAAUCCGUAUUUUACUUUGGACAUUUAUGCAAUCAUUUAAAGCUCUUCCCUAUGUUUGCCUAUUAAUUGCAAUGCUCUUUUUUAUUUAUGCUAUAAUCGGCAUGCAGGUUUUUGGAAAUGUUCGUCAUGACUCGGCUCAAUCCGAGAUAAAUCGACACAAUAAUUUUUCCAAUUUUUUCUAUGCUUUACUGCUCUUGUUCAGAUGUGCAACAGGUGAAAGUUGGCAAGCUGUUAUGUUAGCAUGUAAAGCUAGUGUUGAAUGUCAUACAUCAAUUCAUCAUCGACCAUAUCAAAAUACAGUAACAAUAUAUCCUAGUUCAACAGCAGCAUCAUCAUGUCUUUCAGCAACACAUACGAGAAAUGAUCAUUCACAAAAAAAUUGUGGAUCAGAUUUUGCAUAUCUUUAUUUUUGUUCAUUUGUUUUUCUUUCAUCAUUUUUAAUGUUGAAUUUAUUUGUUGCUGUUAUUAUGGAUAAUUUUGAUUAUUUAACAAGAGAUUCAUCAAUAUUAGGAGCACAUCAUUUAGAUGAAUUUCUUCGAGCUUGGUCUGAAUAUGAUCCAGAUGGAACAGGAAAAUUGGAAUAUACAAAAAUGUUUGAAAUGCUUCGACUUAUGUCACCACCUGUUGGAUUUGGAACUAAAUGUCCAUCAAAAUUAGCAUAUAAGCGUUUAAUUCGUAUGAAUAUGCCUAUUAAUGAUAAUCGUCAAGUUCAUUUUACGACUACACUCUUUGCAUUGAUUCGUGAAUCACUUGGAAUUAAAAUGCGUGCUGCUGCCGAAGAAAUGGAUGAAGCUGAUAAUGAAUUACGUGACGUUUUAUGUAAAGUUUGGCCUAAUCAUGCAAAAAAGAAUAUUAAAUUACAUGAAGGUGGAACAAGACCAUUACUUGAUCUCGUCGUACCACCUAAACAUGAAUUACAUGGUACACCAGGUCAUCCUAAAUUGACUGUUGGUAAAGUUUAUGCAAUAUGUUUGUAUAUUGAUAAUUAUCGUUCGUAUAAACAAGGACAUACUAAUGAUACUAUGACGAGCGAAAGCAGCAGUAGUCUUGUAUUACUGUCAACUGAUGAUGAGGGUUUCAAUUUGAAUCGACUUGUAUCAGCACUUAAAGAACGUGUUCAUUCAAAAGAAGGUAUCAAUGAAUGUGAUUAUGAUGGAAGACGAUCAUCAUUUCGUCCAUCGGGAAGUUUUCGUCGAUCAGGAGGAAACCGAUCAUCGAAUUUUGAAAAUAUGUUUUUGGGUAAAAAUAAAAUUUCUACAAAUCGUCGACAAAGUAAUGCAAUAGAAAAUGGAUAUAUUAAUUCAAAACCUCCAAAUGUAUUAAAUGUUGAUGAAACAAAACGAACAAGUCCACAAGUUACAGAUAGUUUUCAAGCUCAACAUCACUAUGGUAAAACAUUAAAUGUACCAGAUCUUAAUAAUGUACUUCAUGCUUUACCAAUUGCUACACCACCAGCACCAUUAAAUGCACCUCGACCAGCAAUAAUGACAACACCAAAAUCAUCAAUGAUUUCUGUUAAACAUCCUCCAACAUCAAUUGCUUUAUCACCAACUGAAACUCGACCAUUAUUACUUGUUACAACAGAUAAUGAUCAACAACAACCACAAACAACCAUUGUACCUAAUGGACGUCGUUUACCUUUAAAUGGUCAAAUAAUACCACCACGUGUAAUAUCAACUAAACAAUCAACAACACCAUUAAAUACUGAUCAUCAAAACAUUCGUGAAACAACAACAGAAAAAAUACCAACAAAAAAAUUUAUACAUAAUCGACCACGAACAGCAUUAUUUUUUUCAUCUACAAGAGUACCUGAUCAAUCACCUGAACAACAUCAACCAUUAUUAGGUAGUAGUGGAAAUGAUACAAGUAGUCGUCAGGAUUCAUUUGAUUCACAUACAUCAACUGAUGAUGGUUUUGGAUUAAAUGAAAAUUGGCCAACAAAAACAAGAACAAUACUAUCAUCAAAUCGAGCAGUACCUGUUAAAAGUUCUGUACCAUUAAUAAAUACGGCUCAACCUCGACCACAAGGAAAUGCUAAUUCUCGACAAUUACCAUCUUUACCAAUGCCUACAAGACAAUUACCAUUAUUGCCGGAUCCUUCACGACAAUUACCAACAAUUGAUGAUACAAAUUUAACGAAAUUAUAUUUCGAUAUUAAUGAUUUAGAACACGAAGAUGAACCGUUAUCAACAAGAUUUACACGUCCUGGAGAAUUAUUUUAUUAUCAAACAUCAUCAUCAUCAUCAUCAACGUCAUCAUCAUCUUCAUCAUCAAAUUCAAAUAAUUUAUCAUCUGAAGAUUCUGAGAAUGAAAAUAAUGAAGAAAAAUUUCAAAGUCAUGAUCAAGAACAAGAAGAUGAGGAUGAUGAUGAUGAUCAGAAUUCGCCAUGUGAAUACGAAGCUUAA